AUGUGCACUCCUUCUCACGACAGAGGUGGCUCUCGCGGUGCCGGGCCUCGGAGUUUCUGUUUCCGGAUUGAGGCAGUUCUGAGGCAAGAGGACUACGAGUUUUCUAUCUCUGCUCGGCCAGUCCUUGGCGCGUGCCACAGGCAUCACGCGGGCAGCCUCGCGUCCUUCUUCCUUGCCGGGGGCGUGGCCUGCGGAAGCCCAGAAAGCUCUUCCUACGGAGCGCGAGAGAAGUCAAAUACAGGUGAUGGCCCUGUAGCCAGUGCGAGAGAGACGCCUAGGCGACUAUCAAGAGAACAGCUUUAUGUACUGAUAUCAGCAGCUUCUGUGAACUUAGGUUCCAUGUUGUGCUAUUCUAUCCUUGGACCCUUUUUCCCCAAGGAGGCUGAAAAGAAGGGAGCCAGCAAUACCAUUAUCGGUAUGAUUUUUGGAUGUUAUGCUUUGUUUGAGUUGCUGGCAUCUUUGGUAUUUGGAAACUAUAUUGUACAUAUUGGAGCAAAAUUUAUGUUUGUAGCAGGAAUGUUUGUCUCAGGAGGAGUUACCAUUCUCUUUGGUAUAUUGGAUCAAGUUCCAGAAGGACCAAUAUUUAUUGCUAUGUGUUUUCUAGUGAGAGUAAUGGAUGCGAUAAGCUUUGCUGCAGCCAUGACUGCGUCGUCUUCUAUCCUUGCAAAGGCUUUUCCAAAUAAUGUGGCUACAGUAUUGGGAAGUCUUGAGAUUUUUUCUGGAUUAGGACUAAUACUGGGUCCUCCUGUAGGUGGCUUUUUGUAUCAAUCCUUUGGCUAUGAGGUGCCUUUUAUUUUUCUGGGAUGCGUAGUUCUGAUGAUGGUACCACUCAACAUGUAUAUUUUACCCAAUUAUGAGUCUGAUCCAGGUCAACACUCAUUUUGGAAACUGAUCACUUUACCCAAGGUUGGCCUUUUAGUUUUCAUCAUCAACUCGCUCAGCUCGUGUUUUGGCUUCCUUGAUCCUACUCUGUCUCUCUUUGUUUUGGAAAAGUUUAAUUUACCAGCCGGAUAUGUGGGACUGGUAUUCCUGGGUUUGGCACUGUCCUAUGCCAUUUCUUCACCACUAUUUGGCCUACUAAGUGAUAAAAAGCCACAUGUAAGGAAAUGGCUCCUGGUUUUUGGAAACUUAAUCACAGCAGGGUGCUACAUGCUCUUAGGACCUGUCCCAAUUUUGCACAUUCAAAGUCAGCUCUGGCUGCUGGUGCUGAUAUUAGUUGUACAUGGCAUCUCUGCUGGAAUGAGUAUAAUUCCAACUUUCCCGGAAAUUCUCAGUUGUGCAUAUGAAAAUGGCUUUGAAGAGGGAUUAUAUACGUUGGGACUCGUAUCAGGUCUCUUUAGUGCAAUGUGGUCGGUUGGUGCUUUUAUAGGACCAACACUGGGUGGAUUUCUGUAUGAGAAAAUUGGUUUUGAAUGGGCAGCAGCUAUACAAGGUCUGUGGGCUCUGAUAAGUGGAUUAGCCAUGGGCUUAUUUUAUGUACUGGAGCACUCAAGGAGAAGAAGAAGAUCUGAAUCUCAAAACAUCCUCAGCACAGAGGAAGAAAAAACUGCUCUCUUGCCUAAUGAACUGUAG